GUUGAAACAGCGUAUUUCAGAAGCGUUGCAUCGGGAUCCGAAUGGAGCGAUAGUAGUUCCCUCUACCCUGGGAAAUACUUGGUUGAAUUUGUUGGUCACUUUGAAAAUUUCUAUUUCCUGGAUUACGGUUUUAUUGAAGUUUUGCCGUCUCCACCAGUUCCGCUUAUCGUAGGUGCAUCAGAAGUGUCACGUCAACAGGGAGCUGUCCUGACUUUUGAUGCCUCUCCAUCUUAUGACGCGGAUCUUGGGCCAGGAAUUAACGAGGGUUUAACAUUUUCUUGGACUUGUUCAAGUACAUCGGGAGGUGGUUGCUUCGGAUCUGCAGAACAAAAUUUUAUUGAUAAUGGUAGAAUAAUGUCAGUAAACACCACUGCAAUGCAAGCCCACCAAUUCUAUGAUGUCCAAUUAAAAGUCUCGGCAAAGAAUGGACUGAACAGCAGUUUUAUGCAGCGAGUACAUCUUGUUUCUUUUAGCCCUCUCCAUGUCGAGAUUAAGUAAGUUGUUUGUAGUUAUACUUGUAGUUUUACGAUUUUUUAAGGCGUUUCGUCUUCUGAUAUACCCGUAUUUACUCAAGCGAUGGAGGUAAAGGGUUAUUUUCUGAGUUUCAAAGUCAUAAUGAAAGUGGUCCACCAACAAAAUAUUUAUUGAGUUUCAUAAAGUAUGUCAUGUAGGCUUUUGCGUAUUUAAUCAGUGGUAUGGAAGGAAUGUUCUCAACUCUUUUUUUGCACAAGAAGUCAUUAACCUUCGCAGGAAUACAUUAACGCCGAUAACGUCAUGGCCUUUUGUGUUUAUCUCAUGAAUAAAAUGCGAGGUAACUCUUUGACAUAACUUCACGUGCUAAUUUUAAGUGGUUUAACCGGCUGACCAGGUUGUUUAGUUAUUUUUAUGUCGAUAGACAUCUUGGUUUUAACAAGCCAAAUGUUCAUGAGCUCACUUUCCUCGAAAGGGGUGUAAAACAUCCCAACUAUGCUACUUUCAUCGACCUAAAGUUUACUUUACAGUUUACUCGCUUAAACUGUCAUGAAGCUGCGGCAAAUGGUUCAGCGAAUGCGUUAGUAAUUGUUUCCUUAAAGGAGCUUUAUUUCAGUCUGGAAAGACAAUCUCCCAGCAUACUGUACUUGCCUGUUCUGUUAAUGCACUAUGCCUUAUUUUCAGGUGUAUAAUAAACUGUGAAAUUGACGUUAAUCCCUCAGUAAAAAUAACUGUGGUUAUGAACUGUACAAACUCUCCUUGCCAUAGCAAGAAUGCUCAUUUACGACGUCAGUGGACAUUAUCCAUUCAGAACCCUUCAGAUGGAUCGUGGACAACAGUUAAUCAUGACAUCCUUGCAUCGACUCCACUAAACUCGCCUUCCCUGGUUAUUAAUGCAAAUACGCUUAUUCCUGGGCGACGUUACUGCCUCAACGCUUCGAUAGCUAAUUUCGUUGAUAGUUGUAGUGGUUUCUCCAAGUGGUGUUUUGCAACCACUGUCAUACCUACGGGUGGCUCAUGCACUGCUAACCCUCUCUCUGGAGUAUCGCUACAGCAGUACUUCGUGUUUUCGUGCACCAGUUGGGAGGAUGAAAAUCAGCCACUUCUUUACGAGUUUAUGACAACAACAGUGCAGGGAUUAGUUACAACAUUAUCAUACGGAUAUUUGCCUGUCGUGGAGAUGACCCUACCACCUGGUGAAGCAUCCAAAAACUAUUUCCUUACCGUGGAUGUUUUCAUAACAAGUACUUCUGGCUCCAGAACCAAGGCCACUAUAAGCUUA